GAUCAUUCCGCAAAUUGCUUGGCCAGUCACAAAGUCAAUCUCAAAGUGACUGCACGUAGAUGUGUUCCCCAAACACAGUCACUCUCACAGCCCUCUGUCUCCUUUGCUCCUCACUGAUGUACAUGUGCUGAUCUCACCACUGCAUGUUAUCGCUGUCUUGGAUGCUAUUGGUCUUCCUCUUCUGAUCUGCUGUCAAACACAUCUGAGGAUAUACAUUCCACACCGAGUGCCUCUGAAGAUGAAGAAUGCUAUUCCCACACUAUAAAAUCUGUCAAACAUUUACCAAGGGAACUGACACAGCAACUGCGAUAAGUGAGGUUUUAUUCAGAUGGGUCAAUGACAAAUUUAAAUCCCCACCUGAUUUGGUGCUCAGUCACCUCCAUUUCACCGGUCAGUUUCCCAAGUUUCGGGAAACUCAUGUUCCUACAGUAGAAUUUGGAUUGGCUGUGAGAGACGUCAAUCAGAGAGCCCACCCACUCUGCCCAUUCUCUCCUCUUCCUCUUCCAGAGCUGGUUCACUUCCUAUAGAGACUGAAAACCCAGUGAGGAGAUGAAGGGUUACACCAUACUACACCGAAGAAUACAGAGAGAAUAGAUACCACAGAUAGAUCCUGACCAUCACUCAAGGAACAACUGCAUAACUGUGGGAAGACAUUCAGCCACUUCACAUGUUGUUUAACACAGAAGGUUGGGUAGUGAAACCAUCAUCUGGAAAUCAAUUGGAUCAAGGGAACUUUAACAUGUCAUCAGAUCUGAAACUGCUCAGUUGUGUGCAGCCUUUCUGAAGGUUUGGUCGUCGGUGAUCAGUCAGGGUGAGGCUGGGAAAAAGUGUAAGCAGCUCCAAGUGUGAUGACAGCUACAAUCAUUCUUUGAGCCACAUGAACCACUGACUCAUUCGUAGAAGUGAGAGGCUGUUCAAGUGAGGUGUGUGUGAGAGGAAGGCUCACAAACUGGUGAGAUCUCUUCCACACAACAUAUAUCCAUUGUAAAUCUGUUUUCAUGGAAGAGAAAGUUUCAACUGAGAUGUGCGAUCAAACUUUGGCAAAGUCAUCGAUGCUGAUGAAUCAGCAACACUUGCACACUCGGGAGAAGCCAUUCAAAGGCGAGAUAUUCAACCAGGAUUUUGGAGGGCGAUCAGACCUGGUGAAUUAUCAGCACUUUCGCACAGGGAAAAGGGCAUUCACAUGUGACAUGUGUGAAAAAUCUACUUCCUCAUCAUCAGAACUCCGCAUACACCAGCGUAUUCACACAGGGGAGAAACCAUUCAUGUGUGAAGUGUGUAACAAAUCAUUCUCGUCAUCAUCAAAUCUCCGCAAACAUCAACGCAUUCACAAAGGAGAGAAACCAUUUCAGUGUGAGGUGUGUGACAAAUCAUUCAUACACUCAGGAACUCUACGCAGACACCAACGUAUUCACACAGGAGAGAAGUUGUUUAAGUGCGAGGUGUGUUGCAAAUCAUUCUCCAAUUCAUCAAGACUCCUGCUGCAUCACAGGAUUCACACAGGAGACAAGCCAUUCACAUGUGAAGUCUGUGAUAAAUCAUUCUCAGACUCUUCGAACCUCCGUAGGCAUCAAAGCAUCCACACUGGGGAGAAACCAUUUCGGUGUGAGGUGUGUGACAAAUCAUUCCCCAGUUCAUCAAGACUCCUGCUCCAUCAGAGCACUCAUACGGGAGAUAAACUGUUCACUUGCAAGGUGUGUUACAAAUCAUUCUCCCAGUCUUCAAGCCUACACACGCAUCAACGCAUCCACACAGGUGAGAAACCAUUCACAUGUGAUGUGUGUAUCAAAUCAUUCUCAAAUUCAUCAACUCUCCGCAGACACCAACGCACUCACACAGGGGAGAAACCAUUUACAUGUGAAGUGUGUGAUAAAUCGUUCUCAAGGUCCUGGAACCUCCUGCUCCAUCAGAAGAUCCACAUAGGAGAGUAACACUCAAGUGUGAGGGUUGUCAUUAACCUUUUGUGGUGUCUUCAACCACCAGGUAAUCCAUAGUAUUCACACAUGGGAGAAAAUCCUUCAGGUGCAAUUUUGUGACUGUCUUUGUACAGUCGGUGUACGUCAUGGUUCAACCAGACACUCAGAGGGGAGAAAGCCUUUUGGAGUGAGUUCUAUCAUAAAACAUUUACACAGUUGUUGGACUGCUUGGAACUUUGGACCUUUUGGAACAUCAGUGAAUCCACAUGGUACACCAAAUGUUUCCAGUGUGAUGUGUGUCAGGAUUCUUCCACCUCCUCCUUCUCUCUCACGAGAUACAAACUUCUCCAUACAGACUCUGGACCUGCUUCCAUUGCACGGAGUUGUCUGUUUUGUUUAUCCUGCAGUGUUCACGGAGGGGAGCGGUCAUUCCAAAACUCUCCUGCCAUCAGUCCAAUCAUUUCAAGGUUAAUUUAACCUUUGAGCAAAUCACCAAACAUCACCAAAAGAAGGUUCUUGCAGAGGAUCACUUCAUUUGUAACGUUUGCAAUGAGCUCACGGUGCAGGGUGUUCAGUGGGACUGGGACACAGAACAAGAAGCAGCUUUCACUCCCAUCAAACACCUAGUGAUGACAUCACCAGUGCUGAGGG